GAUGCAUUGGCCACUGAGCUUCUUUGUUCCUGCAGUACCACAGUACGUACUGCUAGCUAGCUAGCAGAGAGCUCCUUUCAACUUUCAACUCUCAAAUUCUCAGCUUGCUUGUACUGUACUGGAAUGCAUACUCAUCAGCCAACACAGUGAAACGAACCGAAUGAGUUAAACACUUUUGCUCCGUCAAACGGCGAGACACAAGAGCCUGCCGAAGUGGUACUGUUUACAGUGGUUGCCCUCGCUUACAAACACUGUAAAAAGGUGCAGCUGGCUGAUGGAGCCGCAUGGGAUACGGUAGAUGUUGGAGGUUCUCAUAAAUCUCAACCCCACAGGCCGCCAAACAACCCUCUGUUCACAGAUCCAUUCAAAAACAAAAACAUCACGAUCACGAUCAUCGCUACCGGCACUAUCUUUGCAACCACAGACAUCAUCAGGAUGCCAGCCCCUCCCACAUCAAAGGAAGCCCAGACCGGAACCUCCAUGCUGGAGGAAGAAGAGAACUAUCCAGAGUCAGGUACAUCACAGGAAGAGCUAAAUGAGAUUGUCGAUGCCUUCUAUGGGCUAUCUACUGAUGAAGAUAUUCAAUCUUAUCAACAUUGGGUUGAGGAUAACCAAGGGGAAAGAGUUGCACAACAAUCUUUGAAAGAACCUUCUUUGGCUCCUUCCUUUCAAUUGGAGGACCAGGAUGGCGACACUGUGUGCCUGAGUGAUCUUCUUGAAAAGGGUCCUGUCGUCCUCUCAUUUUAUCACGGCAAGUGGUCGCCCCACAGUAAUGCCACUCUGAUGAGGUAUGGAAAUGAGUUAGUGCCUGAACUAGAAAAGUCUGGAGCAAGUCUGGUGGCAAUUUCACCCAUGCUACCUGAUGGUACUGCCUACCUUGCAACAAAGAGAGACUUGAACUUUGCUGUGUGCAGUGACACUGAGAAUAUUCUGGCCAAAAGGUUUGGCAUCACAUUUACAGUUCAACCUCAUAAUCAUCCCUUCAUGUCAAAGUGGGGUGAUGAUUGGCCAUCACAUCAUGGACUCCAAGCAGGCUGGGACAUCCCCUUGCCUGCCACCUUUGUGAUUGGACAGGAUGGACGCAUUGCAUGGAGUCACAUUGACAAUGACACAGGUGUUGCUCCAGAAUUGGACAAUAUUCUUCAUGCAGUUGCGGAUGUAUCCGGCAAGUAUCAAGAUCUGAUGGACAUUAUCCGUGACAGUAGCUGCUGUGAGAAGAAGCCACACUCCCGAAAACUAUUCAACUGCAGCCUAUCCGCCGGCUUUCCUCUUGAAACACCCAAGUCACUGAAGAUGCCCUCCAGCUUCUCUCUUGAAACGCCCAAGUCACUGAAGAUGUUGUUUUCGUCCUUCCAUGCAAGUGACACUGACAGCACUGGUACUUGUGACAGCCCUGACUUGGAUCGAUCCAGACACUCUGUAGCGAGUGAAGGGGGCGAUGGUCCUCGGGGACGAAGAAACCUGUUGAGGACUCUGAGACGGAACCAUUCCGCGAAGGAGGGUUUGGGGGCCUACUUUUUCCCACCAUCAGCCUAG